AUGGGGUUCGGUGAUUUUGACACGAUCUGUCAGAAGGCAGCACUACCGCUGUGCUCCCUCGUGGGCCCGGCGUCCUCGAUAUCAGGCGCAACCGGCAUCAUCCCCAAUUGUUAUGCGCGAAACAUCGAACUGGCCAACACAAUCAUCUUUGAAGGCGCCGCAUCCUUCGUCCAUAUCGUAGCGCUGGCAAUGACAGUCAUUAUGAUCCUACACAUCAGGUCCAAGUUCACCGCGGUCGGUCGCAAGGAGAUCAUCACCUUCUUUUACAUCUAUAUGCUCCUAACAAUGUGCUCCCUGGUCAUCGACGCUGGGGUGGUUCCGCCCAGGAGCGGCCCAUUCCCUUAUUUCGUCGCUGUGCAAAAUGGCCUUACCUCCGCCCUAUGCACGAGCCUACUCGUCAACGGAUUCGUGGGAUUCCAGCUCUACGAGGAUGGAACAGCGCUCUCAGUCUGGCUCCUCCGUCUAACCUCCACAGUGAUGUUCGCCAUCUCAUUCGUCAUCUCCCUCCUGACGUUCAAGUCAUGGGGCGGGCUCAGUCCUACCAACACUGUCGGCAUGUUUGUAGUACUAUACAUCCUCAACGCGAUCUGUAUAGCAGUCUACCUCAUCAUGCAACUCCUAUUGGUCAUGAACACGCUCGAAGACCGCUGGCCUCUCGGUCAUAUCGCCUUCGGCCUCCUAGUCUUCAUCUGCGGUCAAGUGCUCCUCUACGCGUUCAGUGACACCAUCUGCGAGAAUGUCCAGCAUUACUUGGACGGUCUGUUCUUUACGACUAUCUGUAAUCUGUUGGCGGUCAUGAUGGUUUACAAGUUCUGGGAUUACAUUACGAAGGAAGACCUCGAAUUCUCCGUCGGUAUCAAACCCAAUACAUGGGAGGUUAAGGAACUUCUUCCGGAAGAAGAUCGUCGCGCAACAGUCUACCAGGACACAAAUUCGGAGUACGCCGGAAGCAUGUAUCACCACCGAGCGUCGGCUUAUAACAGUCACAAUUAUUAA